AUGCUCCUAUCACUUCAGUCAUCACUACUGACUGAUCUCUCCUCAAUAAACUCCAAAUUUUCUACCAACAUAUACAAUCUAGGAGACAAAUUCACAUACAUUGAGAAUAAAAUGGAGGACAGCACCAUCACUGUGGAUGCUUAUGAAGAUGUGAAAGAUAAACAUCACUGGAUCAAAUCUAAACUGGUGGACCUAGAAGAUAGGUCUCGCUGCAAUAAUGCAAAAUUAAGGGGUUCCCUGACUACACUGCCUGAAAUUGCCAUAGACAGGAUCCACAGAAUAGCCAAACCACCCCACCUAGCUGCAUCAGUGCCCAGAGAUGUACUGAUGAGAGUGCAUUUUUACCACACCAAGGAAAAACUCCUGACAGAGAUUCCAGUUUCUAUGUGCUCUGAAGACUGCCCUCUGGGUUCCAGAAGAGUGAUGAGGAGGGGGAUUCAUCGCUGUUGCUUUGAGUGUAUUCAGUGUCCGGAGGGGGAGAUAUCCAAUGAGACAGAUAAAGGUUCAUGUCAAAGGUGUUCAGAAGAGGAGUGGCCAAAUGAUAACAAUCAGUGUGUACCAAAACCUGUUGAAUUUCUGUCUUAUGGAAAUGACCCGACUCCUCUCACAGUCUCAGUUAUUUCUGUUUUACUUUUUGUUAAAACCUCUGCAAUUUUUUGUGUCUUUAUUGUAUUUCGAGAGACUCCAGUGGUCAGAGCUAAUAAUAAAAACUUGAGCUUCAUUCUCCUGGUCUCCAUCAUGUUGAGCUUCCUCUGUGUGUUUCUGUUUUUGGGUCGGCCUGGACCUAUCAGCUGCAUGUUUCGGCAGACAUCCUUUGGAAUCAUCUUUUCUGUGGCCGUAUCUUCCAUUCUAGCCAAAACUAUUAUGGUCUACAUGGCAUUCAAGGCCACCAAACCUGGAAGUUUCUGGAGAAAAUAUAUUGGAAUAAAAAUACCCAACUGUUUGGUUCUUCUUUGUUCAUUUAUCCAGGUUUUAAUUAGUGUCAUUUGGUUAUUGACUGCCUGUCCAUAUCCAGAAACUAACACUGACCUAUAUGCUGAUAAAAUUAUUAUUCAAUGUAAUGAAGGUUCUAUGCUGGCAUUUUCCAUACUCCUUGGUUACAUGGGACUUCUAGCAGCUGUGAGUUUUUUUGUGGCUUUUCUUGCCAGAAAUUUACCAGACAAUUACAAUGAGGCCAAAUACAUCACCUUCAGCAUGUUGGUGUUCUGCAGUGUCUGGAUCGCUUUUAUCCCAGCCUAUAUGAGUGUUACAGGGAAGAACACUGUGCUUGUAGAGAUAUUCGCAAUAAUAGCUUCUAGCUUGGGAAUUGUGGGUUGCAUAUUUAUUCCCAAAUGUUAUAUUAUUCUGGUGAGACCAGAUUUAAAUUCAAAAGGUAAAAUAGUAAAGAAAACCAAAACCUGA